AUGGUGAGAGGUGAGAUUACUGUGGAGAGGGUUUCGCUCUCCGUUAGGUUUUCGAUUAAAGUUUGGUCAGAGAAAGGGAAAGUAAUGGCCGAGCACGCCAACGAUUUGGGUUCUGCUGGCGAGUCCCCUCCACCGUUUGACGUCUUCAUUAACCAUCGUGGGGUGGACACGAAGCGCAACAUCGCUGCCUUGCUUUUUGAACGUCUUGACCACCUGAAGCGCCGUCCCUUUUUAGACUAUAAGAGCAUGACGCCCGGCGAAGAGAUCGAGGAGGUUAUUGAAACUGCUAUAAGGGACUGUAAGGUAGGGGUGGCCAUCUUCUCUCCAAAUUAUUGCAGUUCCGACAACUGUCUCCAUGAAUUGGCUCUCUUGAUGGAAUACAAGAAAAAGGUAAUUCCCAUCUUCUACGAUGUCAAGACCUCUGAUCUUAUGCUUGUGGAUGAUGGAAACUUUCCGGCCAAGCAGCUGCAUAGGUUUAGUGUAGCGCUUGAGUUGGCCAAGGGCACCGUGGGCAUCUCGUUUGAUUCCUGCAAAGGGGAUUGGUCUGAUAUGCUGAAAAGAGUUUCAGACAGGGUGGUGGAAAUCUUGAAGGACUUGGAGGAUGAAGAAAAAUUUUAG